AUGUCGAACGUAUUUUCUUUGCUAGGGCUGCAGCGCCAAUCUUAUUUGCAUGGGGACUUUUUAAGUCCCAACUGCACACAAGAAAGCAAUCAACUGGCUGAUAGUGCACUUUCUGCAAGGCCCGGUCUUCUGCAGCCGUGGAGACACAGCAUCCUAUUUCCAUUAAGGGCAGCUGUAUUUGCCUCAGUGUUGGCAAUUGUAUUUCUCGUCUCGUAUUGCUUUAUUUUAAGCUCCAAAGGGAUCCCAUAUCUGAAUGCAGCUCGACGGCUGGCCGCAACUGGGAAAAGGGAGAAGAGUGAAAAUGGGCUGGAAGAUGAAGCCACUCAACAUAACGCCCGGCAGAUGUGCGAAACGGAAUUGUACCAACAGCUUCAUGCAUCGGAUUCUGCACUAUUUUACCCCCAUAUGCAAGAAUUAGAUACUCUAUCAGAGGCAGAAGAACCAGAAAAAAAACGACGGAGAAUGGAAAGCUCAGUGGCUUCAUACAGUCACGAAGGAGUGUCAACUAUUCAGCAGAAGCCGGGCGAUUCAGUAAUGGAUUAUACAAGGACAGCGGUGCCAGCCGGAAACUUAAGCCUACCAUGGUAUGCUCGAAAAAGUGCGGCUGCAAAGAGUAUUUAUGAAGAAACGUCGGCACCGGGUCAGCUGCAUCACGUCGCACGACUGUCUCCCAGUUUAGAUGGCCUCACAGUAUAUGCCCAGCCGCCAAAAGCACAGAAUGAUGGAAGACCUUGCGAAGAUGGGGAGCCGUGGAAGAAGAAACGGGAAACAAUCGAGUCAAACAGUGAGUGGCAGUCCAGAGAAAGCUUCAUCGCUUCAGCCCAAACGCCAGCAGACUCAGCAGAGAGAGCACAACUGGCUGAGGUGCCCGGCCAGCUACAGAAGGAAGGCGUGCCAGGGGCACUGAAUGCAGACGUUGAAGGGCUGGAACUCGCAGACUGGUUACUUGACAUCGCGCAGUCGUCUCAAACCUUAAAUAAUGUCUUGGAGUCUCUGCGGUCCUCCGACCCACAAAUAAGCGAAGCAGUGGAUUACGGUGGUGAUGGCCACCAGAAUUCGGUGGAUGCAUCUAGUAGUGAGUGGCAGUCCGCUGCCAGCCAAACGGUUGGAACUCACCCGUUAAAGAACUUUGCCCAGAUAGCGCAAGCGACCGAACAGCACGAGUUGGUGCGGGAGGCGCACCUGCCAGACGCACUGAAUCCAGAUGUUGAAGGGCUGGAACUCGCAGACUGGAUACUUGGCCUGGCGGAGUCGUCUCAAGCCCAAAAUAAUGGCUCGGGGUCUCUGGAGUCCUCCAAGCCACAAACCAGCGAAGCAGUGGAUUACGAUGGUGGUGUAGGCGAACAGAAUUCGGUAAAUGGAUCUAGUAGUGCGUGGCAGUCCGCUACCAGCCAAACUGUUGGAGCUCAUUCGUCAACGGGUUUUGCACAGCAGGUGCAAGCCAGGGAACAGCACGAGUGGGUGUGGGAGACGCCACUGCCAGGGGCGCUGAAUCCAAAUGUGGAGGGGCCGGGACUCGCAGACUGGAUACUUGGCCUGGCGGAGUCAUCUCAAGCCCAAAAUAAUGGCUCGGGGUCUCUGGAGUCCUCCAAGCCACAAACCAGCGAAGCAGUGGAUUACGAUGGUGGUGUAGGCGAACAGAAUUCGGUAAAUGAAUCUAGUAGUGCGUGGCAGUCCGCUACCAGCCAAACUGUUGGAGCUCAUUCGUCAACGGGUUUCGCACAGCAGGUGCAAGCCAGGGAACAGCACGAGCGGGUGUGGGAGACGCCACUGCCAGGGGCGCUGAAUCCAAGUGUGGAGGGGCCGGGACUCGCAGACUGGAUACUUGGCCUGGCGGAGUCAUCUCAAGCCCAAAAUAAUGGCUCGGGGUCUCUGGAGUCCUCCAAGCCACAAACCAGCGAAGCAGUGGAUUACGAUGGUGGUGUAGGCGAACAGAAUUCGGUGGAUGAAUCUAGGGAGUGGCAGUCCGCUACCAGCCAAACUGUUGGAGCUCAUCCGUCAAUGGAGUUCGCACAUCAGGUGGAGACGAGGGAACAGCACGAGUGGGUGUGGGAGGCGCACCUGCCAGAAGCACUGAAUGCCGAUGCGGAGGGGCUGGAAGUCGCAGACUGGAUACUUGGCCUGGCGCAGUCGUCUCAAGCGCUAAAUAGUGGUUCGGCGUCCUGGCACUCUUCCAGUGUACGGAUCAGUGGAGCAUCUGAUUCUAACAAAGUCGCCAAAUACCAUAAGACUCUGCAGGAGGAUGAGUCGGAUGGUCAGGGGCGCUCUAAACAGCAUUCAGGAUAUGAGAUUGUGGACGCCUCACACGCAGGUUUUUUCGCUGCAGAAAAACACCUGAAUACAUACUCCAUGCAAGAGGUGGCGACAAAUGCAGCAUGCGCGCCAGCAGAUAGUUGUCGUCGUGAUACCGCAAUGGAUGUACCAAAUGCUAUGCAAGUUCAGUCGAUUGCAUCUGGCACGCAGCAGUCUUACAUCGGUUACUCCGAAAGACCUUGCCCGACCCAUUUUAUAGUUCAUUUGGCCACAGAUGGUGCAUUUGCCACUUCGUCAGGCAUGCAAGAGUCUUCUCCGCUAAACGUAACGCCAGUGACGUCUACAAAUGAGCCUUCAGAGAUGGGGCAGCUUCUGCAAUCUUUUCAAGGGGUGCAGGAAGGAAACCACUUUUCUCGUGACGAUGGUUGUGCCAUGCAACAUUAUCCUGGAUACCCAAGAGAGUUUUCCCGACCAGCUGAAAGUCAAGUGGGCAUUUCUCAUGAGCAAGCUACAACAAUCCAGUUAUUUCAAGGCGUCCAACUAGAAAAGCAAAUUCCUUCUCAGGAUAUUCGAACUAUGCAACAGUAUCCUGUCUACUCAAGCGGUGUUUUUGGGCAACCUGAGUUUCAAGUGAACGAAUCUCCCCUCCACGAAUACUUUGCCACAGACCAGGUACUGCCAAUCAUGAGUGCCAAUUCAGCCGCCCUGAUGGGCACCUUCACUUCUUCUGUUCUGAUGGGCAAGAAGGACAUCAAAACACACCCCUUCUUCAGGCUUCCGCCGGUGGCUCCUGGAGCGGUCGUGAGAGAAUUCAGCCACGAUGCUUCACUCCACCUAGGUCGAAAGAAGAUAUUCCCUUUCUACGCCCUUCAGAAUGUGAAAAAUGUGCUGAAGCUACCAAUGCUCCAGUCGCACCACCUAGAGUACCUGAUGAGUUCCGCAGAAGUGCUGGUUGCUUAUGCUUCUCGCUUCAUGAAAAGGAAUGUGAACGAUGUGGUACCGUCCCUCGCAGUCGAGUUUCUAGCGAUUUCUUUGUUAGUAGUUGAUUCUCUAUAUGCUGCAACCCAGAUUUUAGGAGCACAGUCGAAGAGUGAUGAUUGGUGGGAUUCCGUGAUUGAUUCAGUCCCACAUUACGAAGACCCACCUCCAAGUGUUGCAAAAGAUAGAAGAGCGAGAAAAAAUGUCGAGUUGGCGCAAUUACUACGUGAAAUGCUGCAGUUUUACAAAAAGAAAAUUCGUCCCCCGCCUGAAUUGUUGGUUCCCUUAAAGCAAUGCAUGUUUUGCACAGCCGCAAUCCCUAGGCUCCGCAAAAGCAAGUGGACUGAAUGGGAGGAAGAUGAUCAUCAGUGGCGUAACUCUUCAUGA